CGGAGCGAUCGCUCGGCUCGGACAGCCCCGGCCCCAGCCCAGCCCAGCCCUGCCCUGCCCCGCGACCCGCUGCCGCCGCCGCCGCUCCGCUGCCCGCUCUCUCCCCUCUUUCCCUCCCAAUCCCUCCCCUCUUUCCCUCCUCCCUCUCUCUCUCUCUCUUUCCCAGUUUAUCCCGCUCCUCAUCCGCGGAGCUUGCGCGUGCGCCCGUCCGCGUGUCCGCGUGUGCGGGGCGCGCGCGGUGGUGUGCAUGUGCGUUGUGCGGGUGUCCCCCCUCCCCGCGUUGCACCGGCAAACCCAAAACACAACCGACCAAGCAACCCCACGCAAACGCAGAGGCUGCAGUGUCGUCGCCUUUCGCACGGAGGUCCCAGGAUUCUUGAGCUGAGCCCAGCUGACAAGCUUUUGAAGAUGGCACAAUAACAGUCCAGUGAUGCCUGACCAUGACAGCACAGCCCUCUUAAGCAGGCAAACCAAGAGAAGAAGAGUUGACAUUGGAGUGAAAAGGACGGUAGGGACAGCAUCUGCAUUUUUUGCAAAGGCAAGAGCAACGUUUUUUAGUGCCAUGAAUCCCCAAGGUUCAGAGCAGGAUGUCGAGUAUUCAGUGGUGCAGCAUGCAGAUGGGGAAAAGUCAAAUGUACUCCGCAAGCUGCUGAAGAGGGCGAACUCGUAUGAAGAUGCCAUGAUGCCUUUUCCAGGAGCAACCAUAAUUUCCCAGCUGUUGAAAAAUAACAUGAACAAAAAUGGUGGCACGGAGCCCAGUUUCCAAGCCAGCGGUCUCUCUAGUACAGGCUCAGAAGUACAUCAGGAGGAUGUAUGCAGCAACUCUUCAAGAGACAGCCCCCAAGAGUGUCUUUCCCCUUUUGGCAGGCCGACUAUGAGCCAGUUUGAUGUGGAUCGGUUAUGCGAUGAGCACCUGAGAGCUAAACGCGCCCGGGUUGAGAAUAUAAUUCGGGGUAUGAGCCAUUCCCCCAGCGUGGCAUUAAGGGGCAAUGAAAACGAAAGAGAAAUAGCUCCGCAGUCCGUGAGCCCCCGAGAAAGUUACAGAGAAAACAAGCGCAAGCAGAAGCUGCCGCAGCAGCAGCAGCAGAGCUUCCAGCAGCUGGUUUCGGCGAGGAAAGAGCAGAAGCGAGAGGAGCGCAGACAGCUGAAGCAGCAGCUGGAGGACAUGCAGAAGCAGCUGCGCCAGCUGCAGGAGAAGUUCUACCAGAUCUACGACAGCACUGACUCUGAAAAUGAUGAAGAUGGCAACCUGUCUGAAGACAGCAUGCGCUCCGAAACCAUGGACGCGAGGGCGGGUGACUCCGUCGGCAGGUCAGACAAUGAGUUGUGUGAGCUGGACCCAGGGCAGUUCAUCGACCGGGCGCGGGCCCUCAUCCGCGAGCAGGAGGUAGCGGAGAACAAGCCAAAAAGAGAAGGUCCCAAGGAGAAGGAGCAAGGGCCGAACGCCUUCCACCCCGAAGGCAAACAUUUGGCCGAGACACUGAAGCAGGAGUUGAACACCGCCAUGUCCCAAGUUGUGGACACGGUGGUCAAAGUUUUCUCCUCCAAGCCCUCCCGCCAGCUUCCUCAGGUCUUCCCGCCCCUCCAGAUCCCACAGGCGAGGUUCGCCGUUAACGGGGAGAACCACAACUUCCACACGGCCAACCAGCGCCUGCAGUGCUUUGGGGACGUCAUCAUUCCCAACCCCCUCGACACCUUCGGCAGCGUCCCCAUGCCCGGCGCCACCGACCAAACCGAGGCGCUGCCCCUUGUCGUCCGCAAAAACUCCUCUGACCAAGCGGCCUCGGCCCCGCCGGCGGGCGGCCAUCACGCCUCGCUGCAUCAGUCCCCGCUCUCGGCCACCGCUGGCUUCUCCACCUCCUCCUUCCGACACCCCUUCCCGCUGCCCCUCAUGGCCUACCCCUUCCAGAGCCCCCUGGGCGCGCCGUCGGCCUCCUUCCCAGGGAAAGACCGCUCCUCCCCUGAAUCCCUUGACCUGACCCGUGAGACCACCAGCCUGAGGACCAAGAUGUCGUCGCACCACAUGAACCACCACCCUUGCUCGCCGGCACACCCCCCCAGCGCCGCCGAGGGUCUCUCCUUGUCCCUCAUCAAGUCAGAGUGCGGCGACCUGCAAGACAUGUCUGAAAUCUCACCCUACUCGGGAAGUGCAAUGCAGGAAGGCUUGUCACCGAAUCACUUGAAAAAGGCCAAGCUCAUGUUCUUUUACACCCGGUACCCAAGUUCCAAUAUGCUGAAAACCUACUUCUCAGAUGUAAAGUUCAACAGAUGCAUUACCUCUCAGCUCAUCAAGUGGUUUAGCAAUUUCCGUGAGUUUUACUACAUUCAGAUGGAGAAGUAUGCACGGCAAGCCAUCAACGACGGGGUCACGAGCACUGAGGAGCUGUCUAUAACCAGAGACUGUGAGCUGUACAGGGCUCUGAACAUGCACUACAAUAAAGCAAAUGAUUUUGAGGUUCCAGAGAGAUUCCUGGAAGUGGCUCAGAUCACAUUACGGGAGUUUUUCAAUGCCAUUAUCGCAGGCAAAGAUGUUGAUCCUUCCUGGAAGAAGGCCAUAUACAAGGUCAUCUGUAAGCUGGACAGUGAGGUCCCCGAGAUUUUCAAAUCCCCAAACUGCCUACAAGAGCUUCUUCAUGAGUAGAGAGUUCAGCAGCUAUUUAUGAAUGUAUGAAAGUAGCAGUCCCCUUCUGAUGCCCAAGUCAUGUGUGUCCCUAUUUUAAUUUCAUAUAUAUGUGUAUUGCAUACAUAUAUAUAUGUAUAUGAAAUUCGACUGUGAUCCCUCAUGGAUUUAAGUUUUCAGUUCCGAGGGGAUGGUUAUUUUACUUCAGCCUUUGGUUUACUUUGCCCGAGACCCUUAACAUUUGAAGAAUCAACGGGGUUAAUUUUCAGGGAGAAGAGUUUGGAAGAGUGUAAAAGCCUGUCUUAGCAAGUUAGGGCAUUAUGUUUAAAAAUGCUUUGUCAGAUUUAUUGCUUGCUGCAAAGUGGCAUUUUGUCUUAGUGAGACUAAUGUCAUGGCACAAUACUACAGACAAUGAAGUUUAUAUUACGUUUAUACUGCUAAAGGUCUGAACUCUGUGGAGUCAUUUCAUAAGCUUGGAGCUUUCUUUCCUUUUUUUUUUUUUAUUUUAUAUACUUUUUAACCAAGAACCAGAUUUUGUUUCGUACUUCAAAAAAAAAACCACAACAAACCCUAAAAAUACAACAUCCAUUUCAGGUACUCACUCCUAGAAGUGAUAACCCCAAAAGCAAACCCUAUUUUUCAUGCUUUCCUUACAGAAAUGAUGGAUAUCCUGCACCACUAAGCAACACGCCAGGUUGUUGUUCUAAGUUGCAGCAAGGGAUGUUUGCACAAAUCAAAUCUUGCAGGGUGAGGCCAGUAAUUCAUGCACAAUUUUGUACCAACCCCACUAAUCCUGGAAUAUGGUCAGCUUAUUAAAGUGGAAGCAUUUCACUCUCCAUAGACUAAAAAUGAAACCUUCAGAGUCCUAUAUUGCCAUGUCUCUGUCUUGAAGUGGCAUCAGUCCCUAAAUGUAUUAUUUUCUUAGUCCAUUCUGCCCCCCCAAAUCCCCUUUCCAAUAUGCAAAGUUUUUGUCUGUUGUUUAACAUCUGUCCUGAAAAGCACUUUUUUGGAAUGAUCUUAGAUCUAGUAGAAUAAAAGCAUCUUCACCUCACAGCCCUGAGGAAAAGGGACAAAAGACUUGUUUGUAGCUGUAAAAAAGAAUCAGUCUCUUCCUUAUCAGAGGAAUAAGAACUGCAUUUUCAUAAAAACUUAAUCAAUCAUAUGCAAAAUUGGCAGAGUCCUCCUGUCCCUGCGGGGUUCCGAUAGCCACAUUGGGGGGUUAAAAUUACAGUAAGUGCAGAUGUAAAACAUAAGAGAUCUGUUUUAGCAAUGGGCUGCACUUGUCUCCUGAAGCUGGAGCUAGUCUUGGCCAAAAUCUGAGUGUAAAGUCCACAGUGAACCUGGGUUUGCCUGAAUGCUGUAUCAGCAGGCAGACAGCAAGCGAGCCGCUAGUUCUCGUGCUGUCAUCAGUGGCUCUCCUUUUCUCGUGUUUUCAGAAAGAUACUGGCUCCACAAGUUUGGGGGAAGGUUCAGUAUGCUGUGGCACUCUGUGUUUGUCCUUUUCUCUGUCGUCUUUUGUAUGGAUGCAGUAAGAAUUUAUGUUAUCAUCAACAGUCUUUUCCCCUACAUAAUUCAAUCUGAAUCUUGAGGAAGUUCCUAAUUAGCUGCGAAUUAUAUUUAGACCAUUGAGGAUAUUGGGAUCUUAUUUCUUUAUUUUCAGAUUACAUUUUGAUUUUGGAGAGUGAAAGUUUACCCACGUGACUAAAGAGCUGACCUGAUCAUUGCAAUUCCACUUCAUUUACAAAUACUGCUGAUAGACAGAAAAGUAUGAAAGCAAUUAUUGUUAGCAUAAAGCCUUACAAACCUGCUGACUUCAAAUUAAACAGCACAAGCCUACGAUUCCCUGUCAUUCUUUUCAAGCACUGGCAGUAUCUGUGGAGUAUAGGCAAUGCAGACAAUAGCAUGGGAUGAAGUGCCAACAUUUUCACUAUGCAUUAAAAGCAAAACAAAUCUUCUUGAUCUUAGACUCCCUGAGAGUACCUAAUACUGCACUUAUCCUUCAUAGACAGGAUGUGUCUUUUUCUUCCUUUUCUUCUGUUUUAUUUUCUUUCAUUUUCUUAAUUUCUUUUUUUUUAAUGCAUGAUUUGGUAAACAUUACACUUCACAAAGAUGUAACUCCAGUGAAUUCUGAGUAAGAAAAGAUGAAAAUUGUGUUCAUGCACUUUUUUGAUUUAUGGGAAGAAGUGGCAUAAAUGCUCAAGUUUGAACCCAGUAAGUUCAUCAUUGGCAUCCCAUCAGAUACUGCAUUGUCACCUUGAACAUAAGAAAGCAAAGCCAUACUUUAGUCAUACUAUGUGGACAUACUACUAGCUACCAUCUCAAUAUGUGAUUUUACCAUUGCUUUUAUUAUGUUUAUUAUUAUUAUUAUUAAUAUUAUUGUGGAUGUUAUUAUUAUUAUUAUUUGGCUGCAAUGUGAUUCACAUAAUCUAAAUAAGUGAAAUUGUGUACUCAACACUUGAUGUUGUUGCAUUUAUUUAUUUAUUUAUGGGUAGCAUAAUCUCAAUAGUAAAUGAGGCAUAGGAAUUAAGAGUAGAAAUUUCAUCGUAAAAGCAAAAUAAAAACCUCCUUUGUCUGAAAAAGGAAUAAAUGAGAAUUCGAUCAUUUCAGUUACGUGGUUUUUCUGCAUUUUAUAGCCAUAUUGCCUUUGUGCCUCCCAAUACACCUAAAAUUAGAAAUACAUGGAAGAGCUCCUACUAAAUCGCAAGUAGAAACCAGUCUCUUUCAGACGACCUCAAUACGAAAUGGCUAAAAGGCAGGAGGCUACUUUUAUAGUAAUGAAAAGUUUACACAGGGAAAGAAUUGCAAAACCCGUGUAGAAACCCCAUGUUGCCAUUCAUUUACUGCUAAUUCAGAUUUAUUUCUGCAUAUAAACUUGAGGUUAUAGUCUGUGCCUAGACCUUUAAUGCACCAGCGGAAGGAGAAAACAAAAUCCUUCAAAAUACCAGUUUUUCCCCCCACAAGUACAAUUGUUCUUGUGCCUUCUGUGGCUUACAAUUUUCAUCUUUUAAACUUUAUUUGUCAAUUCCUACAGCUGCAAUAAACACUGAUUUUGGUUGGGUUUUCUUUUUCCGGCUGUUUGACAUGAUGUUGAUAGCUAUGCAUAUUUUGUGUCUUUUUAAGAAUUAAAAAAAAAAAAAAAAAAGAAAAGAAAACAAAAA